UGAGGUUCGGACGGAUCCGGUUUGCUACAGCGUGGCCAUGGGAGCAUGUGAGAAGGCGAGCCAGUGGCAAGUCGCCUUAGAUCUCUUCGAAGCCAUGCCGCAGCAGCGCUUGCUGCGUGACGUGGUCGGCGUUGGCAACGCGAUCUGCGCGAUGACCAAGGGAGGCUCCUGGCAGGGUGCCUUGCAGCUCCUGAAGACCAUGCAGCAAGAGGCAGUUGAACUGGACACGGUGGUAUGCAACAGCUGCCUGAGCGCCUGCGCCAAUGCUGCACGCUGGCAGGAGGCCUUGGACCUCUUGAAGCUGAUGACUGACAAAAAGCUGCCGAAGACAACACCCACCUGUAAUUCGGUGGUUCGUGCGCUCGAAAGUGGUGGGGAACAUCGUCGAGCCGUUGCCGUACUGCUGCACGAGUUUGUGGACGAGGAAGUGCCAGAUGAAUGUGUGCGGCCAAGCAUGUUCAGGACCGCGCGGCCUAGCCAGAUCACUUCGCAGCUGCGACGCAGCAUUGCCGAACGCUUGGAGCGGCACCUGGACUUUGCGUUUCAAUCCGACUCCGGCUCCAUUGCCUCGCCGAGGCCACGUGGCCCGGAGCAGACCUUACCACCGCGGCCCGUGGUGGCGGUGGCAGCGAAGGAAGUUGGAUCGACGCAGAUCGCUCCAUGUCCUUUCUGGUGCACGGAAGAAGCUUCGCAGGCGUUGGAAGCUCUAUUGGCUCCACUUCGCCCCAGCGAGUGGAACCGAGAGGUGCCUUUCGCAGCCGAGCUGAAGGCAGCUUUGCCAGCGGCUUAUUCUGAUGCCCAGGUGGUUCCCUACGGCUCCAUUAUUUCGCGCUUUGCCGCGCGAGACGCAGAUGCGGAUUUCUCCCUUCUGCCCAGUGAUCCGCGUCAAGGCCAAGGACGCCAUGUGCAGCAACGGGUCUUGGUUGAAUGGCGCAGGGGGCUCUUGUCUCGUGGCCAUGAUUGUUCUGCCAUUGGUUUGGGCGGCCGGGUACCUGUCCUCACACUGCGCUGGGGUCCUUCAAAGUCACGCACAGCUGAUGUGACCAUUGGCAACCACUUGGGCAUCUACAAGAGUUUGCUCUUGCGAGAGUACUCCCUGCUGGAUGAACGGCUCUGCGACUUGGUGUUGGCCGUGAAGCGUUGGGCCAAGUUGCGUCAAAUUUCAGGGCAAACGAGGGGCUACCCGGGCGGUUACGCCUGGACCUUGAUUUGCAUCGCCUUUGCUCAGUGCAAAGCGUCACCAUCAGUGGUGCCAUCUCUGCAGGCGCUUGCAGAGCCGGAGAUUUGGGAAGAGGAUGGGCAACGCUACAACGUGGCCUGGAAGUCAGCCGAGGCUAUGCAUCGAUGCGAUGCUGCCACUUGGACGUCGGCCUCGUUGCUCUAUGCUUUCUUUGAAUUCUUCUCGGAACGCUUUGAUUUUCUCAACGAUUCUGCCUCGGUUCGUUUGGGUUGUCACGCUGUCAACGCGUCAAGAUUCAGGUAUUCAUCUUCCAGUCCGCGACUGUCUUUGGAAGAUCCCAUUGAAACUGACUGGGAUCUCGGGCACAUUCUGAGCGCGCAGCGUUUGUGUCGUCUGCGCGCUGAGCUGCGCCGUGCAGUGCGACGACUGCGAGGUGCUCCUGAUGGAUGUCUAGAGGCAGUUUUCCAAGCGCGAGGGAGGAAGUCUCCAAGAUAGGUCGUGCACGCGGGGGGGUAGCAAGGCGAAAAAAAAAAACGUGGCGACUUCCGACUACUUCCGACUUGACGACUCGAGUAGCCGAGUACCGCAGCUGGAGGUUCUUGGGCGGCAAGAGAUGGUGAGGUUGGCGUCAGCGUAGCUCGCGGUGAGGUGAAUUUCGUGCCACCAUUCUGGCGAAAAGAGGUCCUGCGGUGUUUCCUGACGCAGCGGGAAGAUAAAGAGAGCGGCAAUUUAGA